CACACCGUGUCUCAGUGAAGGAGAUUCACCGUAACCAGCUGUGGCUUAUUGUGAUUCUCACCUCCGUCACUCUCUGCUCCCCGUAAGGAAACGUUCCUUUUUCUCCUCAUCAUUUCAUUGAUGUUUUUUUUUCUUUUCCUCUAAAUUCAAUUUCUCCGGUGACAUUGUAAAGCUGUCAACCAGACCUGUGGAAGGUACUCUCAAGAGGCACCGAGAAACAGAGAGCGUAGGAUAAGUUUUACUCCAGCUCAAAAGACACCUUUCUUUUUUUUCAGUUCUCGUUCACCUUUUGAUUGACAGACUUUUUACUAUGGUAAACUAAAGACAGUGGUAUUAUAGCACAGGAUUGUUUUAAACCCAAACUCAAGAUACAGGAUUUUUUUAUUUAUCUCAAUUCAAAUGCAAAGAAUCACCAGAUUUCCUGAAGAUUCUGUGUGGACUUUAAUGGCUCUAGACAUACCUGCAGUAUGUGUGAAAUGUGGGGAACCAGAGUGAGCUAGGUGAUGGUUCAAUGGGCAAACGGAGCUAAAUGCAAAAUUUUUCUAUUCAGUCUGCCAGUCUGUUUGCGGCUUACAAUCAAGCGAUGACCACUGUAUCCAUGAAACCCCUGCUGGUCCUGGUGGAGCGGAUCCCCAACGCCACCGACCCGCCUUUUGACUCUGCCCCUUCCUCUCCCGAAAACACAGCCGCCACCUUCACCAUAGGCUGUAUACUCUCCCUCAUGUGUCUGGUCGGCGUUUCCGGAAACAUCUACACUCUCGUGGUCAUGUGUCACUCCAUGCGUUCCGCAGCAUCCAUGUAUAUUUACAUCAUCAACCUAGCCUUGGCAGAUUUGCUCUAUCUGUUGACCAUCCCGUUCGUUGUGUGCACAUACUUCCUGAAAGGUUGGUAUUUUGGCGAUGCUGGGUGCAGAAUUCUGAUCAGUAUGGAUUUCCUGACGAUGCAUGCCAGCAUUUUUACGCUGACCAUCAUGAGCACGGAGAGGUACUUUGCCGUGCUGAAACCGCUGGACACAGUCAAACGGUCCAAGAGCUACCGCAAAGCCAUUGCGGUGCUUGUAUGGGUGGCUUCCCUGGUUCUUACUUUACCCAUGAUCCUCAGAAUUCAGAUGAUGAUGGUAGGUAGCAAGGCCAUGUGCCAGCCAACCAUCUCUCCACUGUCCUAUAAGGUGUACAUCACUUUCCUGUUCUGUACCAGCAUCGUGGCUCCAGGGAUGAUCAUCGGCUUUCUAUACAUCGGACUGGCUCGCACCUACUGGAUCUCUCAGACAGAAACCUUCAAACAAACCAAGAAACUACCAAACCAGAAGGUCCUCUACCUGAUCUUUACCAUCGUCCUGCUGUUCUGGGCCUGUUUCCUGCCCUUCUGGAUCUGGCAGCUCCUGGCUGCAUCAACCCUUUCCUCUACACACUGCUCACCAAGAACUACAAGGAGUACCUGCGGAAGCGCCAACGUACCUGCACCGCGGGCAGCUACUUCAACCGGAGGAACCGGUUCCAGUGCUCGCCCAGGAGGUCGCUGUCGUCUAGCAGCCAGCAGUGCACGGAGAGUUUCGUGCUCACACACACGCCGUCACAGCGCACCAUGCACAACAACAGCCUGUGAGGUUCAGAGGGGACAGGAGGCAAAGGAGAAAGAGAAAGGAGUGGACAUAGCAGAUCCUACUGCUUAAACUCGUCAUCAUGGAACUAGAAAGAGGAAGACGAUGCGGUGAAGGAGGGGGAUAAGGAGGGAAGGAAGAAAGUGCAGUGCACUCAGCAGACCUCACUCGUUCUUGUAUCGGAAGAGGCAAGAUGAAUCUGGAUGCUUCUUGGACAAAUGUAAAGAGAUAACAAUCGUAAUUUACCCUCCUAACCAGCCUCCCCUGAGCGACGGCAGUGACUUCAACACACACAGGAACCAUAGAGCUGGCAGCUCUUGGCCAAGAUUCAAUUCAGAACAAAAAUAUAGAAAUAAUGACACUAAUUGGAAAUCAUUAAACAAAAUAAUAAGUUUUAAUCAGCCCAAUCAAGGUGUAGAUUACAUCACACAUUCCAGUGUUUGAUAAGUUAUGUGUUUGUAGUUCACCACAGGUUACUGCUGAUCUGAUUUGAAUAUUGUCCCUUGUUUCUUUACGCUUGUUUAUAAAACACACCAAGCAUCCUGUUUAGGUUUCACGCACCGACUUCCUGUGGAUGACUGUUUCAGACAGACAUUUUGGGAAGUGUCAGACAUUCUCACUUUCCAUUGAUCCCUUGCGGCGCUCCAUCAGAAACCCUGUUCAAUCUGUCACAUAAUUUGAAAACUUUAGGCCACAAGUGUUUAAGUUCAUUUCUAUGUAGUGUUGGGAUUUUCUGCUCUUAUGAGUUCACAUAAUUUUUUUGUUAAUUCCAAAUUCAGUUAUUCAUAGAACAAAACGAGGCAAUAUUCUAUAUCGAAGUUGAUUCUGUUUUUCUUCUUUGCAAGGUUUGUACAUGUUUCAUGUUGAGGGAGACAAUGAAAUACAUAUUUUCUGCUUUUGUUCUGUUCAAUCAGAAAAGUUUGAGCAAUGGUGUGUGUGUGUGUGUGUGUGUGUGUGUGUGUGUGUGUGUGUGUGUGUGUGUGUGUGUGUGUGUGUGUGUGUGUGUGUGUGUGUGUGUGUGUGUGUGUGUGUGUGUGUGUGUGUGUGUGUGUGUGUGUGUGUGUGUGUGUGUGCGCGCGCAAGUUUGUACGGGUGUGUGUAUGACUGUGGUCGGGCUCAUGUAUGCAAGUUUUCAUCAAUCAACAAUGUUGUCAAUUACUAAAUACAGAGGGAGCAAACAAGUUAUUAAUGAACAAACAAAGAAAAGAGAAUCUUUACUAUAAGCCUUCAACCGUUUGGUUAACACAAUACUCUCUUCUUCAAAGACCCACGCCAAUCACACCAGGAGACUGAAACGGACCAUUCUAAUAUAAUGUCAGUGAAUGAACAAUUCAACAAGAUGCGUCCGAGCCUAAGGACUGUGAAAGGGCUUCAACUGUGGCAGAUCGAGGUUUGACAUAUGCUUUAUGAAUAUACCGUAUCUGAUUACAAAAGCUAUCAGGCCAAGUGUUACAGAAGUCAUUUGUUUCAAAUCAAGACAAGGGUAGAAUUCUGCUUUUAAAAGACAUUUACCGAACAAGAUACAUUUGUUGGCAAAUGAAAUAUAUGGACGCUGUACAUUUCUCAAUCGUCGCGAUUGUUGUUGAUGUUGUAAUUGUAAUGUCUUUGCAAAUAUGCUAUUGUUUACGCAACUAUCCAAACUCCUUUGCAUGUCAGGCAGACAAAAACAUAUUUACCUUGUACGCACUUGUACGCAGACACACACACACACACACACGAGCCCUGCACAGGCCCAAUCGCUUCUGCCAAAUGUAAGGCAGAAAUAACUUCCUCCAUUAUUACGUAAAUCCAUUAGCUACUCCUCUCUAUGUGUCGCCCACUCCCUGCGCACAGCUCACUCUGCAUGCAUGUAUUUCCAUAGCAACGUCUCCACAGCCACAAAGUCCUAAACCAGCCUAUCUUUUAUCAUUUAUUUUCUUAAAUCUUAUUUUAAACCUAACCCAAAACUUAACUCUAACGUUAACCACACUACUAACCUUAAAUUAAGACCAUAAAACACAUUUUUGUUUUCAUGAAUUCUUACGAUAUAGACAAUUUUUCUUUUUUGGCUGUAUUAUCUAAGAGAAACCUUUUGCUUGGCCUGCUCUACUCAAUUACCAUACAUUAGAGAGCAGUUAGCUGUCAGCUAGCUACUUUUUGUCAAUCUAAACAACGAACAAAACUCAAGAAACAUUAUUAUUUUAUUAUUAUUUUCUGUGAAACUUCUGACAUCAUGUUAUGAUCUUAGUAAGAUAUGACCACACCACGCAGCAGGGCAGGUGAUCAAUGUAGUGAUACCCGUGCCCCACCUGUACCUUAGUUAUUGGCGACAAAACAGGCCCUACCCAUCCCUAACAUGAUGUGGAAUGUCAGGACCCAUCGGGCUCAGGUGGGGUAGUAGAGCUCUAACACACACCUCCAGGGAGAUACACUUGGCUUUUCACAGGGCAGACAUCUGUGCCUGGAGACUGAUAACGACUCUAGCAGACCCUGCUUCAGUCUACUGCUUAACAUGUUAAAAGGAGAAGUUUCCUUCUUUUUUUUUUUUUACAACCAAAUCUCUAUUUCUGAUGGAAAUGGCAGGUUAUAUGUUCCAGACACCUUUUUUAUGAUUUCACUUGUUUGUAAUGUUGUACACAUGAAAUUGUGUCAUUCCAAACUUUUGCGGAUACAUUUCGGAAUGACACACUUUUAUGCAUGCCACAUUUAAAGACCUGCAUCACUAUACUGAGAGUUUUGCUGUUUCUAAAAGGACAUUAAAAAAUGGCCUUUGUUAAUGUUUUUUGAUUCCCGGUUUUGGGUAAGUUUCUCAAAAACUGAAAGUGAAAUCACAAAAAAGUUACAGUUUGUGCGACUCGAGCCAUUUCCAGUACGCAGGUGUGCAGGCCGGGUGUGUCCAUGUACUAUUUUUAUUUAUUUUUAAUUUUUUUUAAACUAGUGAAAUCACAAAAAAAGGUGACUGCACCCUUCUAUAACAUGCCAGUCACAUCAAAAAUCUUGAUUUGGUUGUAAAAAAGAAAGCUUUUCUUUUAAAUGUUUUUGUCAUAUCGGGAACCAAGAUGUUUUCUAUAUUUCCUUCUGGCUAACACAAACACCGUAGCUAUAUUGCGCUCUUUGGCUCCGAUUUCACACCCAAACACACACACAAACGUACACACACACACACGCACACACGUUCACACUCACAAACGUACACACACACCUCUUUUGUGGUGGCAAAUACUUGAAGAUGGGAUAUUCAGUUUUGAGUCGCUCCCCAUUUUGAAGAGUGGAAAUGUAAACAGCUUAGUUUUGGGUCCGGGACAGGACCAGGGCCACAAACACACACACCCUGAUCAAAUGCUGAUUGUUUUCUUGUUCCUAUUGUUUGGUUUUGUCAGUUUGCUUUGCUGGUGUAAACGUGUUGCCUCAGUUCCUGCCAUACUUUAUUUAAGACAACCGCCAGCGCUGCGCUGUGUCCAUCUACAAUAUGAGCACUUAUUAAAAAGAACUCUG